CACGAUCGCUCCAGUAUCCAGCAGUGGCAGUGUAGUCUCGAGCGCGAGCUUUGCGCGGUAUAGUAUACACGCGACUUGCAGUGAGCUGGUGGUGCUGCUGCAGCACGAGAGUCGAGCGCAGUGCAGCACGCGCGCAGUGCGUCCGUAUAUAUUUAUAGACACAUGAUCGCGCACGCACCAAAUUUAUAAGGACAAUCGUCCGCGAGUGAAGUGAGCUUUUUUGGGCUUUGGGUGAAAAACAUGAGGCAGUCGAGUGCUGCCCUAGGACCGGAUCAUCGUCAGCGGCCGAGAGCGAGACGCGACCGAGGCCAUCGAGAUGCUCCCAAGGCGCCCCAAGACGAUUUAGCCAAGAAGUGAAUGCCGAUCGUCGGGUCGGACUGUAAAAGCGCCCGCGAGAGCCGCAUGCAUGAGGGAAGCGAUGCGGCGCUGGCGUUGGCGACGACAACAGCAACAGCAGCAGCAACAGCAGCAGCAGCAACAGCAACAGCAACAACAGCCGUCACCAUCGUCGUCAGCUUCGCUGUCCUCGCCAGUCCUCGCUACUGCUGCUGACGAUGCCAGUGUCACUGGCAAUUCUGCGCCAGCUGAAGCUUAUGGAUUCUCGCUCAAUGGCCAAGAUGAAGAGAUGAAAAUGAAAUUUAGUCUUACUCCACAACCGGGAGAAAAUGGAUUCACACAGUGGUUGGAUGCCAUGAAAAUGGUCGCAAAGCUUCAAGGUGGUAUUCCAGCAGAAUUUCGUCGCAAGCUCUGGUGUAUAUUGGCGGAAAGGCAUUUGGAGCAACGAGGCGUCAACUGGAAUCAGGCUGAGAAGAUUUGCUUCAAUGAAUGGAGUAAUCCGGACGAUGAAGAGCUUGGAGUUCAAAUCGUCAAAGAUCUGCAUCGCACUGGCUGCAGUCUAUUCUGCGGAGCUGAGGGUCGAGAUAACCAAGCCGUGCUGCGCCGGGUCUUGCUUGGUUUUGCACGCUGGAACAAAUCCGUCGGCUACUGUCAAGGACUGAACGUACUGGCCGCCCUGAUUCUGCAAGUUGUGGAUCGAGACGAAGCCGAGGCCGUUAAAGUCAUGAUACAUCUUAUCGAAGGUGUCUUGCCCGAAGGCUACUUUGCUGACAGCCUGAGAGGUCUGUCUAUAGACAUGGCGGUGUUUAGAGAUCUGUUACGCAUGAGGCUGCCUAGAUUGUCCAAGCAUCUUGAGUCUCUACAAAGUGAUCCAAAAGAUCCGAAAGCAGGAAAACACUUUGAACCUCCUUUGACUAAUGUUUUUACCAUGCAAUGGUUCCUAACGUUAUUCUGCCACUGUUUACCUCAAGAUGCAGUACUUCGAGUCUGGGAUUUAAUUUUUCUAGAAGGCGACGAUGUUCUUUUACGAACUGCUCUUGCAAUUUGGGAAGGACUAUCAGAGCGAAUAAUGACAGUACAUUCAGCUGACGAAUUUUACAGUAUUAUGGGCGUACUUGCAAGAGAAAUGCUCGAAUUCACAGAUACAAAUCAUUUGGUCAAGACCAUCGUUGGCAUGGGUCGCUUGAACGGUGUCACGAGUUUACGAGAAAAGCAUCGUUACAACAUUACACCGUGGGCCAGACGAUUAAGCGACGAUGAUGAGUCGGAAACGGACGACGAAAGAUUGGGAUCAGCUGAUGGUUCACGAACGAAGAAAUCUGCGACAUCCACGACUACUCAAGCUUUGGCCCCGACGAGCGAGCGAGAGCGUUUGGCCUUAGAUAUCAGUACUCUGAAGCAACAAUACGCCAAGUUGCGCGAACGCCAGCGACAAGCCCACAUUAUACUGUCAGCUGCUUGUGCUCGACAAACCAUGGUGACAACCGCGGCGACGACCACUGGUCAAGCCAUGAACCAUCUGCUGGUGGGAAAGAACGCACUGAUGAGUGCGAAGAACCGACAACUGGGGCCAAAUUCGGGCAGCUUGAUAGCGCGUGCUAAAGCCGUGGCUAUGCAGGGCAGUCCGCGUAUUCAAGCUCGUAAGCAGCAGCAGCAGCUGAAACCGCAGCAACAGCAGCAGCAACCGGUUACGAUUUAUUGGAAGGAUACGAAGAAAAGGAAAGACGAGCGCGAAGAUUCUAAGUCAGUAACAGCAGCAGCAACAGCAGUAGCAGUAGCAGAAGCAGCAUCAGCAGUGAUUACCAACAAUGAAUUGGUAUCGUUCGAGGCAGCAUCAAGCUCGAGACGCAGCGACAGCGAUAGCGACAGUACUUCGACGGAGCUGUGCGAUGAGCCCGACCGAUUGAGUGAAUUCGACAGCAGCGAAGAGCCGACCUCGACCUCGGAAUGUGGCGUGCAAUUACCCCACGAAGUCGAGAGGUCGUCGCCUGCUGAGCUACGAGUCAGAGCUACUAGCACAAGCAGCGAUCAUUUCGAUGUCUCAGUUGAAGAAACGUCGAUCGCUCAGAUCACCGAUCAAAUUAGACGUCUAUCAGCAGACGAUGCCGAUGUCAAAACAAGCUUCGAUGAAGAAGAUUUGGUUUUAGUUAAAAAUAACGAGAAGUCACCCAUUUUCUCAUAUGUUACUAGUGGAGGAACACUGGAUGUUCUUAAUAAAAGUGCCAUUAAUAAAGAUUUAAGUGCCCGCGAUGAGGCUACUUCCAAUGAACUAUUAACGAGGCAAAACUUUGAGCCCAAGGAAGAGGUUCGCGUGGAAAGUUUGCCAGUGAAUUAUGUUCAUAGACAGUCACCGGUUGCACUCUUGUCAAAUAGUGAGUCAAAAGAUUCUGAAAGCUCGAAAGAGGUAUCACCUGAAAUAAAAUCAGAAAUUGUAUACUCUAAAGAACAGGCUGAAGUAAAAAGUGAUACGCAGGAAGAAAAAAAAUUAACUAAUACCGAAGAGUUUGAUUCACUGAGUAAUCGGAGUCCAAUAAAUCAUUCAAAAGUUUCUCAAAAUAUUCGACAAAGUCCAAAAACACCCGAGAGUCCGAAAUCCUACAGUUCUGGAGAAACGAUGGGUCCAGAUUCGGUAACAUCAAGUCUCGCGGCUACUCCACACACUCCUGCGCAUCCAGAGUCACGAGAUUUCGUCGAGAUUGAAAAAUCCACAGCUUCUUCGAUCAGCUCGGAAUCUACAAAAACAGUUACGGUCAAGUCUCCCGAGUCAGAUGUAGCCAUUAAACUACCCCCCGAUACUCCGGUUGAUAAAUCGCCAGUAACCCUGUCGACUGAUUCCGUGAUGCUACCAAAAUCUACCGAACCACCGUGUAGUUCGACGGAAUCAUUUUGUAGCCCGAAUAAACUGAAAUUGUCUGAGAGAGAUUUCAGUUCUGAGCUGCAAUCGCCGGUCAGCGCCAAUUCCAUCAAGUUCGCAACAAGCUACAGUUACAAAAGUGAUGGCGUUGAACUGCUGGAACCAUCUUCUGAUAUUGGUUCUGUGACGUCUCCAUUUUAUCCAAUUCGCAAUCCGAAUCAAAAUACACCAUCACCAUACGAAGAUGACAAAAGUAAAUCCAAUCGAGAAAUUGUGGAAUUCGAUCAAUUUUGUGGCUUGGAUGUUGACAAAAUUUCCAAACCUUCGACGGAAAAUGAAGCUGCUGUUAAAGCUUUCGAUUUAUCUCAAUUGAACAUCAUGGAAAAUCCUAUUGAUAUCAAAGUUUCAGAUGAAAGUUCCUUAAACGGAAAUUUGCGAAAAUUAUACACGGACGUUGAGUCGGAAAAUUCGAUUGACGAUAGAUGUUUGGAAUCUGAAAAAGGCCGUACUUCAGCAUUCGAAGUUUAUCGAAAGUACAGAUUGGAAGAAGAGAUACAAGACAUUGAUAUGCUUUCGCCAGUUUUUCGGACUCAAAGUGAACACAGAAAUGAUCUUUUUGAACGUUCUCGAGGCAAGUCACUUGACGGUAAACUUGAGACUCUAGAAAUCACAGGGGUGAGUUACGAUCGAAGCAAUAGUAGUUUGGAAAAACGAUUUCCGGAAAUGCUCUUGUCACCUUCGAUGGAGGAUUUUGCCAGCAGUUCAAAGAAACGUUCGAGUGACGUACUCGAAGACGUCCGACAUUUGGAAACGAAAAUCAGCGAAGACGGAGAAAUCGAUCCCAACAUGCUGACGCGAAAAACAAGUGUAAUUUGGGAAGAUCUCAAGUGUUUGGAGGCUCGGAGACAAGAUACAUUCAGCGAUUCUGCGAGCACAUUUUCGAAAGAAAAAAUUGAUGUUCCUGGCAUUUGUAUUUCUACAGUCGGAAGAAAAACCUAUAUAGUGGAGCCGAAAAUAAAUAUUGAUGAAAGUAGCGAUAGCAUUUUAAAAUCCGUUACGUAUAAAAAUGGUUCUGAUAGAAAUGAAAGCGAUGACGAUGAUAAAGAAUCGAAACUCGGAGUUUGGACCAAAGUUAAACCUCGGAAACGAGACAACAAUGGAAGAAGGAGUAGCAGUGAUAGAGCUUUAAAAAUAAUUCAAGAAAAUUCAGCCAUCCUGCAAAAAAUUUUGACGUGCCAAGCUAAGAGGAGAUUACCCGACCUCGAAGAAAUUACCAAGGAAAUAACCAUAAGUCCUAUAAACGAGGAAAUUUCCAAAAUAUUCAGCCCUAUUCUAGAAAAAAUUGGUCUCAACGAGCAUGAAAUAAACGAAGAAUUGGCUAAAAUAAAUUUUAAGGAUCUUGAUCGAACCACUGCUACUACAACAGCAUCAGAAUUUGAAGCAAAAAUUAACGAAGAAUUGUCGAAACUAUCAAUUAUCGGUGAUAAUGAAGAAGUAGCAUAUCUUCCUGACGUUGAUGACAUAUCGAAUGAUUAUUUAAUGCAAAGAGACGCUUUCAUUGAUCGUCAAAUAAAUGACGAAUUAUCAAAACUCAUUAUCAAUUAUAGAAAUAAUUCACCCUCGGAUUUACCAAUUAGUCCCCAGUGUUUAAACAUAAACGACAAAAUUCCGAGCCCCACGAAUAUUUAUUCAUACACUGCACCUGACGAUCCACUCAAAAUAAAAAAUGAUUUGGUUACUGGUGAGGAAUUAGAUUCGAUUAUGUAUACAGGCAAUCCAAUUUCCUACUUGCCUCGAAAUGAUUACUCUUCGAUGCAUCCGAUAUCAGCAAAAAGUGAUAUUGAUAUUUACCAUGAAUUGGAAAAACUCGAUAAAUUGUCCCACGCACAAGUGUUGCCAGUUUUGGGUUCGAAUCUAGCUAAUCAAAAUAUCGAGCCGUCGGCUUUGUCUUACAUAUCAGAUGAGCUACGGUCACCGGCCGUUGGAUUCUCGCCGAGUUUGAUUGCCGAGAAAAAAUUAGCUUAUGAUGCGUCACCUUUAAAGAGCCCCUACAAUAGUCCUUAUUCUUCCAAUAUUUUAAAUACGUCGCCUUACGACUAUAGAAUAAAAUUGUCACCUGGAAAGUCACCCGAUAAUUUAUAUUCUGUACGACCGUACGACAAUAAAGAUAUGAUGGAUACUGGCUUUGAAAAUUCGAUAUUCGAACUGACUAGAAAAGCUGUCAUUCCAAAAGGUUUGGAUUACGAGUAUGGAACUGGGAAACCAGUCGUGUCAAAAGAACAUUUAGAAUUUCGCUUGUGUUACGAUAGAGAUGAUGAUGCUGAUUUAAUUAUGAAAAAAAAAUCCAUUAAUAGUGAUAUCGAUUUGAAACUCAGUCCUUUCGAAACUAGUAUUCCAGAAUUGGAUAAAGGUGCAACAUUUUAUUCUACUAAGCAGAUCAUGAAUCCACCGAGUAAAUAUUCUCCUAGCGGGAUAAAAUCGUUGGAUCCUGAUAAUUUUGAAUCGAAUUUCCGAGCAAAAAAUUAUAAUGAUUCGAUUUCAGUAGAAAAGUAUUCCUCUUACAGCGACAGCUACGAUAUUCUUCAGCGACCCUACAAAAUAACACCUUUAGAAACACAAUCGGAGCUUCCGGCUUACGUAAACAGUAAUGCUGUUAAAACACAAGUUUAUCAGGACCCAGAACUGAUGUCGCCUCACUAUGCUUAUGCAAACUCGUGCAAAAAUAUACAGCCGAUGGGGAAUGAGCCGUUAAUAUAUACCAAUGGUAGAUCCAAGCACAUUUAUUCAGACAUCAGUCCUCCAAAUUCAGGACUUGAGACCUCAUCAUUAACACUGAGCGGUAUUUCAGAGACUAAGCCAUUAGAUAAUUAUAAGAAAUACGAUUAUGAUACAAGUCCAACGCAAAAACCACUAGGAUUUAGCCCAUUUCCAGUAAGAAAUGUAACGAGAAACACCCAGGAAAUAGGUCUUACAUUAGGCAGGUACUCCCCAACAAACUCAACGCACUCCAAACUGACGUAGUUUUAUUUGAAAUAAUUUGGCGACUCUGUGUUAGGUAUUAAAAACCCCAAUUUAUAAUUAGACAUUUUUAUAUCGAUGUUCUACAAUUACAUUGUAAUUUACUUCGAUUUCACUGGGUUUUAUAUGAAUAAUUAUAUUAUAAUGAACGUAUCUGUCCAAUCGAGUUCUUAGAUAGACGAUUAUGAAGAUUUUGCAAAAUUUCAAGAAAGUUUGUACCUAAAGUAUGAUAUUUAAAAAAUAAGAGUGAAUGGGAAACUUCUUAUCAUACGGAGGUAAAGAAUGACGUUGCUUUAAAGAUUAAUUAAAUCUUUUAAAUAAACUUCAAAAUCGAAAAGUAAUUCACAUAUUAAAAUAAAAAUAAUAUUAACUCUGUGGAAUGUUUGUGUGAUGUUGAAUUGUAUAGGCCUAAAAUAUAAAUUUUGUUGAAAAUAUAAAAAAUAAUUACAUCUUGUUAUUAAGUACUCAGACUCUAGAUAAAAGACAUUUAGAAAGGCGUUCCUAAAUGAAAAAAAGUAAUAUUUAGUUUUGAAUGAUUUCAUAUUAUUUGAUUUUAAAAAUGUUGAUGUAUAUAGUCUUAAAUUGAAAAUAUUUUUUGUGCUUCACUCGUAAACAUUUUGAGUAAUAUUAACAGAAAUUAUUUGUAAAGCUCUGAUCACUCGCAAAAUCGGAAUGUACUUAAAAAGCUUUUUGCAAUUGUUGUAAGUAAAGAUGACCACUGAGGUAAAUAUCAUUUAAUCCAUACACCUUAACAUGUUAAAUAAUUUAAUUGACAAAACAUUUGUAUUGGCAUAUAAGAUUAUUUGGUUACGAAAUAAAACUUGUUGUAAAUAAAGUGUUCCAGAUUAUUAAAUCUGCAGGUUAAUAUCGCACAUGAUUCAGAUAAAUGCUAAGAAUUAUUUAGUUUUGCGUUUCUAAAAAUCAGAUUUAUAAUCAAAUAAUGUCUCAAUUUUAGACAUUCAUUAAGACGGAAAUUAAAAGAUUCCCAAUUGUGAUAGAAAAAAUUUGCUUGAUUCUGUUCAGAACAAUAAUGUAUUUCUAUACCAUUGUUUUCAGUAUUAAUCAUCUAAUAUAUCUAUAUUACUGAUUUAAGUAAAUCUAAUUCAAUAUUUAUGUAACAUUUGGUGACAGGAUUAUUUUGAAAAUAGAAUUGUAUAAUGCAAUUAAAACUAAUUUCAAAUGUACAAUAAAACUGUUACACUGCGUAAACAGAGAAAGUUUAUCACCAUUUUUGAAUAUUUACUUCCAUGAAUGCUUAUACCGGGUACAAGAAUUAAAAGUAACAAUAUUGAAACCAUUAUGAGAUGGUUGCAAAAAUGUACUUAUAUAAAAUUUUCAGAUAACAAUAAUGCUUUUAAAAAUAAAUGAUAACUUGUUAAAAUUUAAUACUUAUUUUAAGAUUAUAAUCAUGAAUAAUUUGAGUUGUACAUUCAAAUAUAUUAGAUGAGUGAAAUCAAUGUUAAAAAAUUAUAAAAAAUUCUAUUCUUCAACUGCUUCAUAUUCCAACUAUUGUAAAUACGAGGAGAAAUGGCUAUGCCGAAAUAAGACUGUAAAUUAUUAAAGAUUAUAUA